GAAAGAAUUAAGAUAGUCCUCCCAUCUUCAAUUCAAAUAAAAAAGUUUACAACUCCUUAAAAUAAAGUUGGUGUACGAGCUAUCACAAGAUCACCAACAUCAGAAACUAGCUAAAACACUGAAAAAAAUGGCAACUUUUGUUGCUGCUCUUUCAUCCAAUUCCCUCAUUUCUUCCUCUUUACUUCAACAAUCUUACAUCAAUGCCAACAAUCCUUCUCAAACACUCCCACCAUUUUCGCUUUCAUCUUCCUGUUUUUCUUCCUCCAAAUCUUCCUUUUUCUCCCCUCUAAUGAGUCCCUCACUUUCAUCAAAUCGCGCUGUUUUUCCUCUGAUGUUCAGAAACAGCAGCAAUGUCUGCAGUAGCGGUUUCAGUGUUAAUGCCAGUGCUUCAGAUAAGAAAAGGGUGCUUAUUGUUAACACCAAUAGUGGUGGACAUGCUGUUAUUGGUUUCUACUUUGCUAAAGAGCUUCUGGGUGCCGGUCAUCAAGUCACAGUCCUUACUGUUGGAGAUGAAAGCUCUGACAAAAUGAAAAAACCGCCUUUCACCCGCUUUUCUGAAAUUACAAGUGCUGGAGGAAAGACGAUAUGGGGGAACCCGGCUGACAUUGGGAGCGUAGUGGGAGGAGAAACCUUUGAUGUGGUGCUCGAUAAUAAUGGCAAGGACCUAGAAGCUGUGAGUCCUGUGAUAGACUGGGCGAAAAGCUCUGGAGUGGAACAGUUUUUGUUUAUCAGCAGUGCUGGAAUAUAUAAUCCUACAGAUGAGCCUCCUCAUGUUGAAGGCGAUGCUGUUAAAGCUAGUGCCUCGCACGUUGCAGUAGAAGAGAGUAUUGCUAAAACUUUCAGUAAUUGGGCAUCUUUCCGGCCUCAGUAUAUGAUUGGAUCAGGAAACAACAAGGAUUGUGAAGAAUGGUUCUUUGAUCGGAUUGUUCGAGACAGGCCAAUUCCUAUCCCCGGUUCAGGAAUGCAGCUGACUAACAUCACUCAUGUAAGGGACUUAUCAUCCAUGCUUACUGCAGCAGUCGAAAACCCAUCUGCAGCAAGCGGAAACAUAUUCAAUUGUGUAAGUGAUCGAGCAGUGACCCUUGAUGGAAUGGCCAAACUCUGUUCUCAAGCAGCUGGUCGCCCUGUCAAAAUCGUGCAUUAUGAUCCAAAGGCAAUCGGAGUUGAUGCCAAGAAAGCCUUCCCUUUCCGUAACAUGCACUUUUACGCGGAACCAAGAGCUGCUAAGGAUAUCCUCGGAUGGCAGGCAACUACCUACCUUCCGGAAGAUCUUAAGGAGCGGUAUGAGGAGUAUGUAAAGAUUGGAAGAGACAAGAAAGAUAUGAAAUUCGAGUUGGAUGAUAAGAUACUCGAAUCACUUAACGUAUCAGUGGCAUAAUUCAAAGAGUCAUGUAUCUUGUAAGGAAACUAAUGAUGGAAUCUUUGGCAAUUUUUCUUAUGUAUGAAAUAACUUCAAUCGAUCUCCAACAUCUUGAGUGUCGUUGUAAAAUUAAGAUGAGCUUUAGGGAAUUUCUAAGUCUUUCAGAGAUGUACUAGAUGUAUUCUACAACAUAUUUAUCAAAAAGCUAAUUGUGCCUGAUUAGCAAAAAAUAUUGGUGCUCAAGUUAGAUUUUUUGCCAGAA